UAUCUUAAGUUUGUUAUAUUUAUUUAUUUAUGGAACCGACCAACAAAAAUAUUAAUAAUGCGAAUAAGAUUUAUAAGUAUAAUAUUUCUUCUUUUAAUAAUAUGCUUUUGUGUAGUCUUUAAUCGAAACGUUCUAAAUAUAAAUACUUCGUUAACCAGUAACAUACGUUCUAAAACAGAUUGGUAUGCGUCUCGUCCAUGUUACAAUAUAGCGUUAGUUGUGUGCGGCCAUCGAUUAUGGGAAUCGCUUGUGAUGAUAAAAUCAGUUCUGCUUUUUAACAAAUAUGACAAAAGCAAUUUGCAUUUCUGGAUAUUUUCUGAGGAUAAACUGAUAACUGAAUUUGUUGAGCGUUUGAAUGAUUGGCGAAAUUUAGUGCAUUUCGAAUUUGAUAUACUGCCACUGACUUUUCCAAAAAACAAUAAAGAAGAGUGGAAAUCUCUAUUUAAACCUUGUUCAUCACAGAGGCUGUUUUUGCCGCUGUUACUUCCUCAGGUUGAUUCCGUUUUAUAUGUGGAUACAGAUGUUAUAUUCUUGUCACCUAUAUCAGAUAUUUGGAAAUAUUUUGGACGAUUUAAUGCAUCUCAGUUUGCAGCUCUUACCUCCGAACAUGAAGAUGAAAACAUGGGUUGGUACAAUCGGUUUGCACGACAUCCUUACUAUGGUCGCAUGGGAGUAAAUUCAGGAGUAAUGCUAAUGAACCUUACUCGUAUGCGCAUUCACAAUUGGGUCUCACAUAUAGUUCCCAUAUACAAUGAGUACAAGCUACGUAUCACGUGGGGUGAUCAAGAUAUCAUUAAUGUAUUUUUUUAUUACAGUCCAGAUGCGCUUUUACUUCUACCUUGUCAGUACAACUACCGACCAGAUCAUUGCAUGUAUAUAAGUGUUUGUAAUGUAUCCGUUGAAGGAAUAAAACUAAUGCACGGCAAUAGGGGUUACUUCCAUUCUAAUAAGCAGCCCUUGUUUAAGGCAGUGUAUGAAACAGUAGAAAGCUACAAGAUUGAUUCAAAUCCAUACUUAAAUUUUGUAAUACCAUUAAAAGCAUCAUUAAAUGAUAAUGUCGUAAAAGAAACAAGUUGUGGCCUACUAACUGAAGAAACUAUCCUUAUCGCAAAUAAAAUAUUUGGAAGAUAUCAAUCGUUAAAAUAUACUCGUAAAAUUUAAUUUAUUUAUUUAGUCAUAAUAACAAUACUAAUGGUACAGGCCCUAACUUGGGCGAACUUGUUAUUGUUUGGAGAAUAAAUAUCAAAACUGAAGUGUGAGUGCUGUCAUAA